AUGCCCCCAUAUUCAGCACCACCACCGCCUCCUCGAGGUGCUCCAGCGAGGCCUUACUUAAGUACGUUGCCGGAGAGCUCUUACCGUCUACCAACUAUUCAGGGUUCCUUCGGCGGGUAUUCUGGUCAUCAAGAUUCUUCCAGUUCCUACUUCAGUGUUAUGCCAGAGAGUUUUUAUCGUCUACCAACCAUUCAGGAUAUUCCUCGAAAGCCCUUGGGUACUCAUGUCUAUGUGUCCACUCCCGUGGGCGAUUUUGUGGUUGUGGAUUGGAUCUACCAGUCCCGUGUGGUUACCUUCUGUGGUUACGAGACUAGAGCGGACCUUCUGCUACUUGACAAGAUCGACUUUAAGGUCAUACUAGGCAUGGAUUGGUUAUCUUCGUAUCACGCCAUUAUUGAUUGUCAUGCCAAGACUGUUACUUUAGCGAUGCCAAAGUUGUCGAGAUUGGAGUGGAAGGGUUAUUAUCGCCGAUUUGUGAAGGGUUUUUCGUCCAUUGCAGCACCUUUGACUAGAUUGACCCAUAAGGGUGCCCCUUUCCGUUGGUCCAAUGAGUGUGAGGCAAGCUUUCAGAAGCUCAAGACAGUUUUAACCACAACACCAGUUCUUGUAAUGCCUUCCGGUUCGGGGAUGUAUACAGUUUAUUGCGAUGCUUCGCGUGUUGGCCUGGGAUGUGUACUGAUGUAG